AUCGUCGGCAUAAGCGACGUAAUAAAACAUGCAUUUGUUUAUGUUAGCUUAGAAAUGGAGCUGUCUUGGUAGCUAUUUUCUAGAUCUAGAUGAUAGACAGUAAUCUGUAUCACAUAGAUCAAUAUCUAGAUAUUGAUAAGUGUAGUUCUAAAUAUUGUGAGUUGUAAAUUAAUCCAAAAAGAAAUCAAUGCCCAAAUACGCACAAUUAGUAAUUGGCCCCGCUGGAAGUGGCAAGUCCACAUAUUGCAGUAAGAUAGUCAAGCACUGUGAAGUACUGAAAAGAGUGGUGCAUGUGGUGAACCUGGACCCUGCAGCUGAAUAUUUUGACUAUCCUGUCUUGUCAGAUAUCCGUGAAUUAAUCAAUAUUGAAGAUGCAAUGGAAGACAGUAGCCUUCAUUUUGGACCAAAUGGGGGAUUGGUGUUUUGUAUGGAAUUCUUGGCCAGUAAUUUUGAAUGGCUUGAAGACCAGUUAGAUGUUGCAGAAGAUGAUUAUAUUCUUUUUGAUUGUCCAGGACAAAUAGAGCUCUACACACAUAUUCCUGUAAUGAAGCAGCUGGUCAAAAAGCUAGAGUCAUGGGAUUUCCGGGUGUGUGCGGCCUUCUUGCUAGAUGCCCAGUUUCUAGUGGAUGGGUCCAAAUUUGUUUCUGGGUCACUGACUGCUUUGUCAACCAUGGUCAACCUUGAAAUCCCACAUGUAAAUGUCUUGACCAAGCUUGAUCUCCUGAGCAAAGCAGCUAGAAAAAAUAUAGACAGAUACCUUGAGCCUGAAUUAGAUGCUAUGUUAAUGGAGGAAACAGACUCUCAAGGCAAAUUUCAUGCCCUCAAUAAAGCCAUUGCCCAUUUGCUGGAUGAUUUCAGUCUUGUUCAUUUUGUGCCUUUGGACUAUACAGACGAAGAAUCUAUCACAGAUUUGUUAAUGCGUAUAGAUAUGGCUAUUCAGUAUGGGGAGGAUCUGGAGCCAAAGGAAAUGAAUGAUCCUGUUGAUCCAGAAGACAGACAAGAUACAGAAAGUUAUGAAUAAUAAAUUAACUUUGUUCAAA